GCUAUUUCUCCGUAUGUUGUGGCCUUAUGAUAGUGGUGGAUGAUGCUGUCUCGCACUUCGGCCAGGCAACAACGAAUGCGGCAACAAAUCUUGAAUGAAGAACGCAUGUCCCAAACUCCCCAUCUUGUCAGGAUUCCAGGACAGCGGAAGUCCAGUGGGUCGAAAUUGAUUAUCAGCAGUCCUACUCCAUCCACACAGCCUCCUGGCAGUAUAUCCCAGCCAACAUCUCAAAGUCCCCCUAUUUCUACCCCGAAUGCACGGAUUUCUUCACAGGCUCCUAGCCGUGGACCUGGUGCCAGUGCAUUACUAGCCUUUUUGAGUGGCCCUAACCAGCGUUCCACUGCGACAACAGCAGUAACAGCAACAAACAAUACUUCACCCGGUGAUACUGAAUCGCGCUCUAAUCACGAGCCUUCAAUUCAGCGAACUGGUUGUGCACUUCCCACGCCAACUCAAGCGCCAUCCAAUCUGGUAGACAGUUCUCAAACUCCUAAGUACAUAGCUGCAGCCGAUGCUGGCAAAUCCGUUUCCUGCCAAUAUCAAACUGCCCAACGCCCUCCCGGACUUUCUGUACAACUUUCGUCGUCUCUUGGAAAGCCUACUAGCGUAAACGAGGGACCUGUCGCUCCGGCUGUUGCUGAGCGUGAUAGUAUGGAGAUGGACGCCAACCUAUCGUCAGUUUCCUCUGAUUUGAAUUCACCGAUGGAGUCCUGCUUUGCGAACAUCCUCGAGGAGCAUGGAAAUGACAGUAUUGAUUUGAACAGCAUCACUCCCUCAAUCCAGUUUUCUACCCCAGUUGGGAGCGAAUUUCUGAACUACGCUCGGCAGCACACGUCAACAAAUGACCGUGUCCAUCAAGUCCCUUGCACUGCCGGCCAACUACAGCUAGGUAUCCGCAUCCUGCAAGACUAUGACACUCGCCAGAUAAGCCCAAAACUGAGCGAAGGCAGUUCUCCAAUCAAAUCAUCUGCGUCAUGUCCCACAGACGUGCAAGGUGUGCUGAAUCCCCUGGGUACCAGUCCACUUCCCGUGGGCUCGCUGGGCACGCAGGUCGGCACAAGUGGAAGCGGCGGCAGUUUGGGUGGCGUAAGCGGUACUGAUGGAGGAAGUGGUAGUGGCACAGCCUUACUGUUUACAACUGUCAGUCCCAUGUCCCGACAUCCGGAAGAACAAAGAGCAGCCUGGGUGCGAGAUCGGACCAAGAAAGAUAGUCAUAAUAGGAUCGAACGGAAACGUCGGGACUAUAUCAACUGCCAAAUUUCGGAGUUGGGAAAUCUGCUACCAGAAGAAAUGUUUCGAGAUGGAGACUGCAAGAAGAACAAGGGCAGUAUCUUGAAGAAUUCCGUGGAGUUCAUAUGUCUCUUGCGCGCUGAACUGUCACAAUUAAGUGAGGUACGGAGAGAGACCAAUCUGGCAGCUAAAGUCAUCGGACAGUUAAUCAAGCGGAUUCAGUACCUGGAGGAGGUUUGCGGCAUCAGUCAAGGAUCAAACACUUUAGAUUUAGGUAACCUUGAUUACCAUCGCUGUUUGCAAGAAUGGCUAUUGCUUCACGAGCGCAACACACAAGGUCGCUCCAGUCUCUCCCCAAGCACAAAGUCUAGUCAUUAUCAUCUGACGGAUGGACCUAGUCGUUCCUCUCCGGGUAUAUCGCCGCUCGGCACCGAGGAGUUCCUUAGUGCAGACAGUAAAUCAAUCUUUUCAAGUCCCGGAUUGAUCACUGGCUCGGCACCAGCUCCGAGCGCUCCUUUGACAAGUUGUUCCCGUCUCAAUUCUCCAAUGGCUUCCGGCGUUUUGAUUGGUGGUUCACGGGGUUCGAACUUGGCUGAUUCAUCUUCACGAAUGAUGCGCACGCGUUGUACUUCGUUAAGCGUCGCAGGCACUGGGCUUGCGGCUGAGUUCAUUUCACCAGCCGCGCGCUUACCAGGCAUAGAUUUCUCAUCUGGUCAACAACAGCAAUUGAGGCACCAGCGCUUACUUCCAUCUCACCCUCUCUCUUCACAAGGUCGAGCGGUGCAUGUUACACAGCACGCGGCUUUGCCCGAACAGCCUACCCAACCAGGCCGUGGCUCCUCCAUUAUUACCACUCAGACUGGACAGUGGCAACCACACCAGACAUCACAUCCACAAAGCCAGUUCCCCUUGCAAAAUAAUCCGUUCUCAAAGUACCGGCAUGUGCAUACACGUCCGACUGGAUUUUCUAUGGAUCAGAAUAUGGAUGUGUCGGGUCUUAGUGCAAGUCUACCUGUUAAUGUCAAUCCACUCCUUUGCGGAUUACAAAACCAUGAUGAAAUAAAGGCGAAUGACCUUGGAUUGGCUCAUGUUUAUUCGUUUGAGCGGGAGGAAUUUAUUCCACAAAUGAAAACUGAACCACCCUCCGAUCCGGACUCACAAACGGGCGAACUGAACUUUACCGACUCCGGUCCUCCUACACUUGAUAUUAGCACGAGCCAGUUCGAAGCACUCGUGGCGUCUGUUUCUCCACCGUCGAGUUCGUCACGAUUGGCCGCUGCAACACUCAGCAUGCAGAAUCCGCUUCAUCAGAAUGUCGAUUCUCCCACCAACGCCAGCUUUGACACUGACGAUUUCCGAUUUGACGAUGUUCCAAUGGAGUGACUUACUCCACUUCCAGCUGCUUUACUUAAUGUGAUGAUGAGUCUACCCGACUCUUUUGGAGCAGAUUCUAGGAAAAGGGUGCCCCACCUUUAGACAUUGUCAUAACUUCCCCUAUUUCACACAGAGUUCCUGACAUUGUUUUCACCAGACGCGAGUUCACUCAGCUGCGCUCAUCUCGUCGAGAUCGACCCUUUGGUAGUCAGCAGUUGCUUGACAAAUGCAUGGUUUCCCACUUCUUCCCUCCAUAAUCUGGCCUACCCCUUCUUUUUCUCGUCCUUGUUUCUGUCUUUCGCGCUUGAAUGGUCCAUAUUUUACUUAUUGGAUGAUUAUCGGGCAUUUGAUCCGUUAUUUCCUUACUCCUCUGUCACCUUGGAUGUAGCCGCAUUUUCGCCGUACUUUUGUGCCUUGUGAUGAUGAUGGUUAUGUGCCGUUCGGUUAUCCUCCUGGUGUACUUGUGUUUGUUGCUAUUUUAUACCUGUGCCCAAUUCAUUAAUUAACCAAUUGUGAGUGCGCACAUACACUGAGUUUUUCGUUAUGACUCUACCCCGUUCCCUACAAGAUAGAUUAACCCAGAGUGAGAUAUUUUAGUUCACUCUUAUUUCUUAUCUACGUGAAUCGACCCAAGUUUCUUCCACCGCUGACCCUGUGUACAUACUCCAAGGCCACUUGUUCCCUUGCAAGCAUCACUUCAUCAGUUGUUUUGGUCACCUUGUUCAUCAUCACCAGGAAUAUUCAUGCAAUAGUGUGGCAUAUAUUUCUUCACUUUAUUGCGUGGCUUUUCAGACUGUCAACUUUCCAUGUUUGUUGUGGCUUUUGUCAUCUAUUUGCUUCACUACUGCAUACGUUCACCGCUGUACUCAUUUCUCUCUCUAUGAUUUUUUCAUCAUUGCGAGCAACUGUUGUGUUUUCACCAGGAAAACAACUUUUUAACGCCCACAAGAUUCCUUUUUGUCUUCAAUUGUCCCAGCCGACCAUUAUCAUCAUCACCAUCAUCUAGUGUGUCUCUAUCUCCGAGCGCCAUACACACGAUUUUGUAUUCUAUUUAUUUUGUUUAUCGCAGUGCGUAUCGCUUGUUUUGCCCAUACUUGCGCUCUGUGACCCGCUUUUAUUCCAUUAUCACCUGUGGAUUUUUAAACCCUUAAUGAUGAUGCUGGCGAUGCAUAAACAUUUUUU